UUAGUGUUACAACUAUAGUAGUAAUAAUAUUAUUUUGCGUUGGGCGACAACUGAGGAAUUAACUUAUUUGACAAAUUAAACAUUUAAUAGUCUUACUAUUAUUAUUAAUUUUUUUGAAUUAAUGUAAUUGAUUUUUAUAAACUAUCAAAAAGUUAAAUCCAAGUAUAUUUUGUUUAAGUACCUACUCGUAACUUCUGACAAAUGUAACUACCAGUUACUAAAUUAAUAAAAGUACUAUAAGUGUAACUGUUAGAAAGAGUGAAAAUGGAGCUAUCAAUGGAAGAAUUACUUAGCAGAAAAGAGACAUUGAAACAAUUUGAAAACUAUAUUAAUGACACUAAAAAUACGCUAAAAUGUUUUGUCGAAAAUAUUGGGUGGACAUUGGAUAAAACACCAAUAAAAAAUAAUUUUGUAAAGUGUCCAUUAAAUAGUGAACACAGAAUGUCGCCAUCCAAACUCGAGGUUCAUUGUCAAAAAUGUAUAUUGAAAAAAAAUGGAUAUGAUUCAUCUCAUUCAUUUUAUCCUUCUUAUAAUUUGUCAACACCUCCAGCUCAGACUGUAACAAUUGAUAAAAUUACUCAAAUGCAUAUUUUGAAAACUGCCUACGACGAAUCAAAUUCAACUUUAAAUAUAAACCUUGAACCUAGAGAAGUUUCCCAAAGUAUAGAACGCUAUGUUUGUGAUUUUACUCCUGAUGAGAGGAGAGUAUUAUAUGAUAGUGCUGUAAAUGUCACCAGACUGUCUAAUUACAAGGAUAUAAAAAAUGAUAUAGAUUUGGAUAUUUUCAAUAAAACUGGUGAUAAACCUAAAACUGAGCUUGAGCUUUUGCAAGAACAAAGAGACUUAAAACGUAGAAGAGUUGCUUAUCGAGGGAAAAGAGUUCACGUUGAUAGAAAAUCUUAUAAAGAAGUUUUAAGAGAAGUAAUUGAAGGAUUAACAAAUAAUUUGUCUCAUUCAGAAGAUAAAUUGACGAGUGUUCCAACUUCAAAUACCAUUACAGAAACUGCAAAAAAUGCUCGUAUUAUGUAUAAGUAUGAAGGUAAUCGAAAAUAUAAUGGUAAUCCAUACACUCGCUGGCUUAAUAUUAAGACAGAGGAAUCUAAAUUACUUAAGUAUUAUGAAAAGAAGAGAAAGAGUUCAUAUCAAGAAGUUUCUACAUCUAAAAUUCAUUAUAAAGAUAAAACUGGUUUUAAAAGAUCAAGAAAAGAUAGAUCUAUAUCAAGAGAAAGAAAAACAUCUACUGGUCAAUUAAAAUUAAAAAGAUCUUGGAGAUCUAGGUCUCGUUCAUUAUGUAAAGAAACCAAUUCUAAAAGACCUAAAAUUCGUUCUAAAUCCAAAGAACGUGAUUAUGUAGAAAGUAAACAUAAAACAUCUAAAAAACAUAAAAUUAGAUCAAAAGAAAGUAAGUCUAGAAGGCACAGAAGUCGAUCAAUAUCUAUUGAAAAUACACACAAGAGAUCUAAGAAGCAUAAAAAAAGAUCUAAGUCAAAAGAACUUGAAAAGGUUAAAUGUUCUAGGAGUUUUACAGAUUAUAAUAAGUUAGUAAAUGAAAAAGACUCUUCAAUACAACUUAAGUCAAGUAAUACUUAUAAAAAGAAAAAAAAGCAUAAAAGUAAAAAAAGUCGUUCUAAAAGUCCUAGAAGAUCUCAUAAGAAUAAAAAAAAUGUUGAAGUCUGUAAAAAUAUUAAAUGAUAAUCAUAUUAUCUAUCUCAACUAUAA